AUGGACCUGGAUUUCGCACGGAGGCUCCACGCAAAGGAAGUGUGCCAGGAGGUGGAGGCGAUGGACCAAGUGGUAGACAUGAAGCCCUUCAUUCGCUUGGUGCAUCGGUCAUGGGCGGACACGAUUUGGGAGAUCUUUGAUGAUCCCAGGCUAGCCUUCCCGGUCCAGCUGGACUGCGUGGUGCGUCUCAAACCUGUUGAAGUGGUCGUCUCGUUGGUGGUCACUACCCUGCAGAUCAGUGAGCUCCCUGUGUUGGACAGCGUUUACAAUCAAAUCGCUGAAAUUUUCUUUGACACUCUCUUCUUCCUGGAGAACUGGGGCGACAUGCUUUCGGCCCUUGGCCUGCCAGUCUUGGCCUCCAUCGGAUUUGCGCAGCAUCUGCCAGACUCGUAUGUCGAGAGGAGCAUCCACAAGUUCUUGUUGCUGUUCCUCCCUUUGUGUCGCUUUCUGAAGCUGCUGCGAUACUUCGAGUCUUUCAGGCUCUUGGUGGAUGCCUUUGCCAAGUCAGCAGAAGCUUUGCCAGUUCUGACUUAUCUCAUGACCUUCAUCGUGCUGUUCUUUGCAACUGGUAUCUACUUGGUGGAAGAGAGAGACACCAUUCCCAGCAUGCCCCACUCCUUGUGGCUGGCCCUGGUCACCAUGACCACCGUCGGCUAUGGGGACUAUUAUCCAAAGUCCCUCUCAGGCUAUUUGGUUUGUUCGUGCUUGACCUUUGUGAGCGUCUUGUUCUUAGCCUUGCCGGUGGGUAUCAUCGGUCACGAGUUCAACAAGAGCUGGCAGAAACGGACUGAGAUGCUGCUCAAGACACGUAUGCGAAACUGCUUGGCCAAGUGGGGCUACGGCGCUUCGGAUGUGGAAAUCCUCAUCGAAUAUGCGGAUGCGGACGGUGAUGGCCAUCUGGUUCUGGGAGAGUUCAUUGAGUUGGUUCGCCAGAUGCGGAUCGGCGUGAACAUCGAGACUGCGGCCAAGCUCUUUCACAUGUUGGACAGCAAUCGCAAUGGAUUUCUGGAGCGAAGUGAGCUCCUUCGAAACAUUUUCCCGGAUGAGUACGUGAAGCACACGCAGCAGAUCUCUGAUGAGACGCUGGGCAGAUCGAGGCGGCGCAUCGGCAUGGCGCUGGAACGACUGGAUUCGUUGCGCUCGAGUGGAAGCUCAAAGGUUGGCCUCGAGUGCUUCGAUGCCGACCGCAUGGACCGCCUGGGACUGGAGAACGACUUGCAUGGCGCGGUGGUGGAGAGCUCGGAGACUUCCUCACCGACGGAGGUGGUGUUGCAGUCAUCGACGGAGGUGGUGUUGCAGCUCCCGCUGGAGAAGCGUGAGAUGAGGGAAGUGAAAGCGACCCUGUGA